CGCGUCCUCGGGAGAGGACGGAGAGGCCCCGGGCCCCAGCCCCUAGUGGGAGUAGAAAAGCGGAGGGCUGGCGGUGACCUCCCCAGGGCCCCUUGACCUUACUUGGGUGAACCCUUUGGUGCCAGAGGGAAGGGCGUGAAAGCGGCGACAGGUGCCCAGGGAAGAAGUGGACAGGUGGGGCGAGGGCCACGUGCGGCCUCCUGUGUUUUUGAGCACACAGACCUGAUCACUACUCCCUGGAGGCCAGUGCCAUGCACCAAGCCUGGGUGUAGCCCAUGAGAGCUGUUUUCACACAUGCUCAGAAAUUGCCACCCCUCUCCCCCGCCAAAGGUGGUUUAAAAUGGCAGGAACCAGUGUGCCAUCCAGAAGCAGGAGGACCAGUGCCUCCACUAGUGGUCCACCAGUGCCAGCAUUUGCAGAAGCCACACCUAAUGCCGAGUGUGGGGACCCUACUGGGGCCUGAGGCAUUUUGAGGGUGAAGAGUGUGGGAGCACCUGGCUGCACAGACCUCCUGAGGGCACAGGACAGUUCUCCCCAGGUAGUGCUGGGGUGAACACUGGCCUGAGUGACACACACGUACACACCAAGCCUGGCCUUUUCCACCUCAUUUUUAUAGCUCCUCUCCACUUCCCUGGGUUUCCUUGAAAUCACAGCCUUACAGUGAAUCCUUAAGAAAUAGGACUGUUAGUCUGGAUUUGAAAAGGGAAAAAUACAAAAUUUUCUCAUUUCUUAUAUCUAUGAUUACUACUUUUGCAGCAAAGUUACCAAGAAAGAACAUAUAAAUAUGUUUAGUUUUGAAGACAGAUGCAACAGUUAUUUCUCCAGAAGACAAACUUUAGAAAGUAACCAUAGUUGCAAGGCUAAUAGCUUAUCUUAGAAUAAUUAUAUUUGAAAAGGAACUCUGUGCGCUGAGGAUGUAGCUCUGAUAUUUUUUUCAUUGUUAUUGAUGCAGAAGGCCUCGAAAGAAAAAUCAUACUUUACAGACUUGAGGGAGAUUUGGAACAGCUUCUGUGAUUGUGCGCAGUGACUUAAGUGCUUCCCAGGCUCAGUUUCUCGUUUGCAAAGCAUGGCUCACUCUGGCUGGCUCACCUGAUGUUCAGGUGCACAGAUCAGGUGAUUUGGCCAACUGUUCACUCGGUACAUCUCUACAGAAGGACACUUUCAUGUGCCCAGCACUGAGUAAGAGAAAGCCUGGGGGACCCCAGUUCAGGCAGGUAGGGGAGGCAGUGUAGACAAGAAGCAAUAGGAAUCCUGGGUAAGACAGUGGUGAGGGCAUGAAGGAGAAAGGACAGGGGUGGGGCUGCCAGGCGGGCAGGAUGGUGCACCCAGGGAGCUGGGCCAGAAAGGUCACCUGAGGAGGGGCGUUUGAACGGAGACCAGUGCUAUGAGGCAGCCUCUUGGAGAACAGAAGGAAUUCAUCCCAGACACGUGCCUGACAAUUGCAGAGGCCUUGGGGUGGGAAUGAGCUUUGGGCCUCAAGGAUGGAGAGGCCAGUGUGGUGAAGAGGAGGGGAGGCAGCAGGACCGCAUUUUUAUUCUGAGCACCACAGGUUCCCCUGGGGGCUUGGAGCAGGGCUGGAGCAGGGUCUGUGUUCUUAGAUGACCCUAUGGCUGCUGAGUGGGUGUGACAGGAAUCCAGGCCCAACAGGACUUCAUUCGAACAGGUGUCCACAGAGGGGAGCCAGGUGGGGACUGAGCUGUCCAUGGGUAGGGCAGGCCCUGCCCUGGUGAGAUGGGUACAGUGGGCCAUGGCACAGCGGCUCACUGAGGUGCAGAGUACUGCUGGGCCCUCAGGGGUGGGUGGUAAGGGGACCGCAGGGCCCCAGAAGCCAGGCCACCUUCAGCCGUUCCUGUGGGUGGAACCCCAGUUCAGGCAGGUAGGGGACGCAGUGUAGACAAGAAGCAAUAGGAAUCCUGGGUAAGACAGUGGUGAGGGCUUCCAGGUGGGCAGGGAUGAUGCACAGGGCUGGGUGCCAUGGGCCUGUCCUCCAGGGACUCCUACUGAGGAAGGACCCCUCCUGUUACAGAGCAGGAGACUCAUGGUGAGGGCAGGGGCAUGGGCCCUUGGUCCAGCUAUGUGGCGGGGACAGACCUUCAGUGACUUGCAGGGUCCUGCAGGCUGACUGCAGCUAUGUGCUUGGCACUGUUGGGGGCAGCCCAAGGCCCGUGUGCAGACCUUCCACUCCGUCUCACCUGUUCCCAGGCCACAGGUGCUCGUGUGCUGGGGAGGAGAGCUGCAGAGGGGAACGUUUGUCCACCCGGGACUGGUGGGAAGAACACCCGUCCACCUGCUUGAGCACAGCUUGCUGUGAGGUCGUGAUGUUUGUUUGGUGCUGUGGGCAACACAGCAACGGCCGGAAGCAGCCAGCCAGCCUGCGGUCCUGCAGAAUCAAGGCCAGUGUCCUGACACACUGUGUGUCGCAGAAAGUUGCAGUGAGGCAUCAGUAGAGGAGACUCAAGCACAGCGUGUGGCACUGGGCUUGAGUUCUGCAGUGGCGGAAGCAGGAAUGGAUGGAGCAGAAGUGUGGUCAGCUUCCUGUGGCCACAGAAGGGUUUGUUCACAUGUGCUGUAGAUAGCAGGCCAUCCCAGCGUAGGUGCAGAUAUCAGUAGAUUUACAAGAGUGACAAUGGUUUUAUUUUAGAAAGUCAAGUUAUGUCCCUUGUAGCUCCCGAAACUUGGUGUGAACAGGGCAAGCUGUCAGCUGAAUGCAGGAAAGAGCAAGACCCUGGUGGAGAGAGGUGAAGAGAUUCCCACACAACGUAGCAGGCAUCAGGCUGCCACAGAGAGGGCCUGGGAAGGAGCAAGGGCUGUGCCAGGCACUGGCUUUGUUCAGAACCAGAGGGAGGGAGGACCAAGGAGCCGGCCUGGGUCAUCCCACUGUGGAGGCUUGGGAUGCUAGAUGGAGGGGCGGCCAGUAAAGGGGCCAAGGAAGGAGCGUCCAGCCAGAGGGAAAGUGACCAGGAGACUGUAGCUCAAGAAAGAUGUCCAGGGGGACCGGGGCCUCCCUGCUGGGAGUCACUGGAGGAGGGACCGACAGGGGCAGGGGUCUGGUGGAGCCAGAGGCAGCCCGCUCACAUGCCAAAGGAGGGGUGAAGUGGGCUAGUCCUCUAGGAGGACUUCAGCAGUAGAAGGGACAGAGAAACGGAGAUUCGCGUGGGGAAGGGAGCUGCAGGCACACAGUGUGUGCUAGUGCUGGGCUCUGAGUGUCUUGGGUGCUGUAGGGAGAGGUGUGGUGUGUCGUGUGGCAGUCGUAGCCAAGAGGGCUUUGGGCAGGAGGGGCAUUUGGGUUGGGCUUUAAGAACUGAAUAGGAGUUUGACAGAUGGAGGGCAGUUUCUGCCUUAGCCUGUUUUCUGCUGCUAUCCCAGAAUACAACCGACUAAGUAAAUUAUAAAGAAAAGAAAUUAAACCUUAGAGCUCUAGAGGCUGGAAGCUCAAGAUCACGGUGCUGGCGUCCGCUGAGGCCUCCAUGAGGCCUCCUCCGUCCAUGUGAAGAUGGUAGGGUGCACACCUUUCUCUCCCUCUUGCAUGGUGAGAGUGUGUGAGAGAGAACCUGCUUUUGCAGUCUGUCAGGCGUUGCAUCCUGGGUGUCCCAGAUCUGUGGGGUGGAUGAGCUCUGGUGGCCCUCGGCUUCCCGUUGCCACAAACUCGAGUGGAGGUGGGAUUCUCAGAGGCCCUGCUCCUCUCUGCCUGGUGUGCGCUGUCUGUCCUCCCUCUGCUUGGCCUGUUGGCAGUGCAGCAGUCUGGGCUUCAGGUCACAUGUCACUUUGCCCAAGCAUUGGAAACCUCCACCUCGGCCGAGUGACACGGCUCAGGUGCAACAGCGCUGUCAGCCACUGACUUGCCCAGCGGGACCAUUUGGGUUCUCGCUCCCACCACUCUGGGGAGGAAGGACACCUGCCCCAGGGCCCUGCCUUUGAGAAGGGUGUGCACAGGUAUUGUAACUCAGGUCUUUGCUCUUUGUAAGUGUAAAUGUGUGAAUUCGUGAUUUUGUGGGUUUAGUGGACUCAUUAGUUAUGCUGCUAGUGCCUGUAGCGUGAGCAAAACCUGCUACUCCAGCACUGUUGGGCAGCAAGCCUGCCGCAGCCCCACCGACCAGGCUGCUCAAUGCAGACCUGGCGGGUUGGGUGCUGACCCAGGUGAGGGUCCACUCUGCCUCUGUCCAUGUGGAGAUGGUAGGGCGCACGCCUUUCUCUCCUCUUGGCCCAGAAAUUCCUCUUAAAGAACCAGAAGUGAAAAUGAGAGCGCAGACGUCCUUUUGGGCGAAGCCAAGAGGUUCAGAAAGAGAACAGAGAAGAAAUUCUAGAAGAAAAAGUGACAGAAACCUCAGGGCUCGGGACACAGUGUCAGGCGGAGAGGGCUGCCCCCAGGCUGCCCAGCGUGACGCUGAGGCCGACCUUCCAGGGUACUGUGGUGGAGUGGCACCUGGGGCCUCUGCCAGCCGCAAAGAGAUCAGACUGGUGGCUGUGGGGACAUCCAGAAGACAGACCUCCAGGUCCCUGUCAGCCAGGGAAGCUUCAGGGAGAAUGUCCCCAGAUCCAGGGAGUGGACCCAGGAAAGGAGAUAGUGGGCAGGAACAGGCCCACAGCUAGGAAGCUGCGGAGGAUGUGGGAGGGCGGCCCUGCUGCCCCUGCUCCACAGCAUCUGCAGGGCCUCUGCACAUAGGCACAGCGUCCAGACCCACCCAGGCCCGCAGGAGACAGCUGAGCACACCCAGUACUGCGGCUUCCCUGUGCAGCAGAGCGUCAUCGCACACGCACACAAGGCAGCAAGCAGAACUAGGCACCAGAACCAAGCCAGCCCGAAACAAGCAGCGGACUUCAGAGGCGGGCUGGAGACGUAUGGCACACGUGUUGGUGCCCCAGAGGUUUUCAGAGUCAUCCGUCCCACACUCUGACUUACCCUGACCUGGGGGGAUGCCAGGUGAGCAUGCGAGCUCGUGUGUCCCGUGAACAAACGCUGGCUAAGGGGCAGCAGCAGAGGCCACAGGACAGCCAGAGAGCAGGCUGGAGAUCUGCCUGUGGGUCUGGGGGCGGGACAGGGAUUGACAUACUGGGAUGACAGGGGACCAAGCAUCCCCAGCCCCAUUCAGUUGAGUGUCAAGUCACCAAGAACCAUAGGGGAAUGGACGCCUGAGGAGCAGUCUCGUCAAACUGGGGUCUGGCUGGUCACCAUCUCCCAACGCUGUGAGGUCCUGACGUCGUUAUUGCCCCAGGAGCCUCCAGUUCCCCUCGGGGGCCACCUGCCUGCAGGACUCACUCUUCCUCUUGACCAUAUGGUAGCUGCCGUUCCCUGUCCUCAGUCUUGAAGGGGGACAAGGUCAGUUAGGUCAUCACUUAGGGUCGGUCCACCUGCAAUGCCAGGUUUUAGACAGACCUCCGUAGUGGUGACCGCGUCUGUGUGCAGAGCUGAGCGGGCUCCACCCCGCAGUUUGAUGUGGGAGGACAGAUACCAAAGGAAGGCACCUUGGGCUGGGCGUUGGGUGUCUGCAGGCCCAGCGAGGAGUCCACACCUUGAGCAGAUGCAGUGCUCAGUCCCUGACUGCGGCAGAGGCCCACUGUCUGGUGCCCGCUGUAGUCUAGGACAUGUGCAACAGGACUCUAGAGUGCCCACUCUGCUCUCCUGGGCCACUAUGGUGACAGGGCCAGGUGGGGAAGCAGAGGCCAAGGAAGUGGUGUGUGGCGACGUCUGUAGGCAGAGCAGCGCCGGACCUGCGGCCUGGGAACCUGUACCAGGCCUGCCGCGCCCCCGGCAGCUGGGUCUGCCCUCCUCUGAAGCUGCCGAGAAGGCCGGGGAAGAAAGGGUGAACCCCGGCGGAGAGCAGCGCAGGGCCGGGCGGCCCAGAAGCGAACCCGUGAGGUGUGGGGAGCCCCUUCCUUUGGCGAGAAGAGGGCACUGUGUGCCGGGGAAUGAGGUCAGGAAGAGGGAAGCUACAGAAUGGUCCAGGCCAGGAUCAUGAGUUCCAGCUUUGUUGGGGGCGUAGCCAGGGAGCCAGCUGGAUUUUGCCCUGUGCCCGCAGUGUUGAAAGUGUGCUGUCUACACCUGGACUGCCACAGUGCUUAGGUCGACCCAGGUGUGGCAGCGCUGGAGGAGGAGGGAGUAUGGGGAGGAGGAGGAGGCGGAGGACACUUGUGGCACUGAUGGCCUAGAGUUUAAGCAGGGCCCAGGCACGCAGAGAGUCCAGUUAGCCUCUCGUGGUACAGAGGAGGAGACAGGCUGAGGGGGGCCAUGACCAGCUCAGGUGCUUCACUUCUAGCACGUGGCGGUAGCAGGUGUGCCUGGGCUCUGGCCGCCAGUCCCUUGCAGCAGGACCCCAGAGCCCAGCUGUGGACUGUGGCUCCUCGCUUGCCAGUCAGUGUGCCUGGGAAGUGCCCUCUGCCCAGGUAUGUUCAGGGGCUGUCGUCCUGAGCAGAGUCUCUCAGAUCUUGACCUUGGCCUGCAGCUAUGCAGCACCCUCGGGACUGGGGUCUGCAGUGGCCUCUCAGAAUGGCCGCAGAAGUCCUCUCUGCUUACCUGCUGACCUAUCUCCUCUUUCAGAACUGUGUUGUGCAUGUUUUUGAAGAUGGUUUGCUUGCUUCUUCCCUUAGUGAUCCCUCCCUUCGUCUCUAGGCCUGUCACCACUGUGGCUGCCACGGAAGCUCCGGUGUGAGUGGUCACACAAGACAUUUGCUUGAGGUCCACUCUUCCUGCCACAGCAAGGGAGGCCCUGGUGUCCUGGCCUGUCCUGGGGCAGCGCACUUUAGACCUGGGCUGUGGGGGUCUCCCCUGGGGCCGUGGGAGCCCUUGCUGGCCCCACGGAGUCCCAUCGAAGUUCUGGAUGGGGUCAGGGUUUACAUUUCCAGGAAAUUCCAGGCCACACUGGUCCUGCUGGCUCCUGGUUCGGGGUCCACACUGAGCACCGCUGGGGAGGCAGGACUGGUGGUCAGAGAACAGAUGCUCAUGCUUUCUGUCUGUUUUCCUCCCUUUUGUGUGCACCAGAGCAUCCUGUGACCUCACUGUGGGGGUCCUGUGGGCCAGAUACGGGACUGGACUCCCCCUUCUCCAUCGGCACGUGCGGGGCAGGGGAGGGUGCCAUUUUCCUGAAGGCAGAUGUGCUGUCCCUGCCGCUGCCCGGGGAGGCAGUGGUCUCUGUCUUGGGCUGCGAAGAGCUGUUCAGAAAGGCCACCCUUUGGGGACCAGGUUACUGAGAGUGUUGUCCCCAAAGCUGUUGGAUGAGCGCCACGUGAGAAGCACCCGCCCCCCUGCUGUGUCUUGGAACUUCUCCUCCAGCCCCUCAGCCAGGUGUCCUCUCCCUGCAGCUCUGCGGGCACAUAGAGGGCGGGGCUGCCUGAGGUGCAGGUCAGAGGCAGCUGCUGCCCCAGAAAGAGGCGGCCAGCCGGCCUCGGUGGACUCCGCGAGAACGAGUCCCUGCUCUCUCUGCUCCAGUUCUCACAUCAUCAGGCUCUGUGCCCUGCUGGGGUCUGACUGCAGCCCCGGGUGGCCUCCCGAGACCUGGUGUUCCCGUUACAGAAGCUCCCGACCCAGGCAGAGCGGAUGGGAGGGGAGGGUUCCUGUGGCAGGUGUGUGGGUCCUCAGGCCCAGUGCCACAGGAGCCGCCGUCAGAGCAGCCCCCAGCCCACCCCGCGCAUCUGCCUCCUUGUCUGUCACGGUUUGGAUCUUAAUGUCCCCUAAAACCUGUGUGUUAAAGGCGUGGUUCCAGCCAGCGGUGCUCAUGCUUCACAGCUCUCUGUCGGUGUGCACAUGCUCAGGGGGCCCGUGCAGUGAGGGGAGGGUACGCCGUGGCUGUCCCUGGCUUCUUACAGGAGACCCGGCAGCCCACCUCCUCAGCCUCAUGUCCGUGUAGCUGAUCCCUCUCAUCAUGGAGUGCUCUGCUCUGCUCCGUCCAUGACCACACGUGUGCUCAGUGAACCCAAAUGUGUGGAGAUGGCCGAAGAUGGCAGCGAAGAGAUCAUGUUCAUCUGGUGUGAAGACUGUAGCCAGUACCAUGACUCCGAGUGUCCUGAGCUGGGCCCGGUGGUCAUGGUCAAGGACUCCUUCGUGCUGAGCAGGGCAAGGUCCUCCCUGCCUUCCAACCUGGAGAUCCGGCGUCUGGAAGAUGGGGCGGAAGGUGUGUUCGCUGUCACGCAGCUGGUCAAGCGGACGCAGUUUGGCCCCUUCGAGUCCAGGAGGGUGGCCAAGUGGGAGAAGGAAUCCGCGUUUCCCCUGAAGGUGUUCCAGCAGGACGGCCACCCCGUGUGCUUCGACACCUCCAACGAGGAUGACUGCAACUGGAUGAUGCUGGUGCGGCCGGCAGUGGAGCCCGGGCACCAGAACCUGACGGCCUUCCAGCACGGCAGUGACGUGUACUUCACUACCUCGCGGGACAUCCCUGCUGGCGCUGAGUUGCGCGUGUGGUAUGCGGCCUUCUACGCCAAGAAGAUGGACAAGCCCAUGCUGAAGCAGGCCUGCUCCAGUGUCCACGCUGCAGGCACCCCUGAGCACAGCGGCCCCGUGGAGUCGGAGCGCAGCCCGUGGGCUUGCAAGGUGUGCUCCAGCGCCUUCCUCGAGCUGCAGCUUCUCAACGAGCAUCUCCUGGGCCACCUGGAGCAAGCCAAAGGCCUUCCUGCCGGCAGCCAGCAUGAGGCCGCCCCAGAGAAGGAGCCUCAGCCGCCCCGGGUGCAGCCCCCUGCAGCACCGGAGAGUGCCAGUGUCCAGAGCAGGGCCACCAAAGAGCAGAAGAAAAAGCCUCGAAGGGGGAGAAAACCCAAAGCAUCAAAGCCGGAGCAGCCUCUGGUCAUCGUGGAGGACAAAGAGCCAGCAGAGCACGUGGCCGAGAUCAUCACCGAGGUCCCGCCAGACGAGCCUGUGAGCGCGACUCCAGAUGAGCGGAUGGUGGAGCUGGUUUUGGGAAAGCUGGCUCCUCACACACACGACGUCAGCACGGUGCCAAAGUUCACUCACCAUCAGAGCAGCACCAUCGCCCUCAAGAGGAGCCUGGUUCUGUCCAGCAGACACGGCAUCCGGCGGAAGCUGGCGCGGCAGCUGGGGGAGCACAAGCGGGUGCACCAGUGUGGCAUCUGCAGCAAGGUCUUCCAGAACAGCAGCAACCUGAGCAGGCACGUGCGCUCCCACGGUGACAAGCUGUUUAAGUGUGAAGAGUGUGCAAAGCUGUUCAGCCGCAAGGAGAGCCUGAAGCAGCACGUCUCCUACAAGCACAGCAGGAACGAGGUGGACGGCGAGUACCGGUACCGUUGUGGCACCUGUGGGAAGACCUUCCGCAUGGAGAGCGCACUGGAGUUUCACAACUGCCGCACAGGACUCAUAGCAAACCUGGGAGAGGGGGGGACCCGUGGCAAUCGGCUUAGAGACCUACCAGAUGACAAGACGUUCCAAUGUGAGAUGUGUUUCAGAUUCUUCUCCACCAACAGCAACCUCUCCAAGCACAAGAAGAAGCACGGGGACAAGAAGUUCGCCUGCGAGGUCUGCAGCAAGAUGUUCUACCGCAAGGACGUCAUGCUGGACCACCAGAGGCGGCACCUGGAAGGAGUGCGGCGGGUGAAGAGAGAGGACUUGGAGGCUGGCGGGGAAAGCCUGGUGCGCUACAAGAAGGAGCCCUCCGGAUGCCCAGUGUGUGGCAAGGUAUUCUCCUGCCGCAGCAACAUGAACAAGCACCUGCUGACCCACGGCGACAAGAAGUACACCUGUGAGAUCUGCGGGCGCAAGUUCUUCCGCGUGGACGUGCUCAGGGACCACAUCCACGUCCACUUCAAGGACAUUGCGCUCAUGGACGACCACCAGCGGGAGGAGUUCAUCGGCAAGAUCGGCAUCUCCUCAGAGGAGAACGAUGACAACUCCGACGAGAGCGCGGACUCGGAGCCCCACAAGUACAGCUGCAAGAGGUGCCAGCUCACCUUCGGCCGCGGGAAGGAGUACCUGAAGCACAUCAUGGAGGUGCACAAGGAGAAGGGCUACGGCUGCAGCACCUGCCACCGGCGCUUCGCCCUCAAGGCCACCUACCACGCCCACAUGGUCAUCCACCGCGAGAACCUGCCCGACCCCAACGUGCAGAAAUACAUCCACCCCUGUGAGAUCUGUGGGCGGAUCUUCAACAGCAUCGGGAACUUGGAGCGUCACAAGCUCAUCCACACAGGUGUGAAAAGCCACGCCUGCGAGCAGUGCGGGAAGUCGUUUGCCAGGAAGGACAUGCUCAAGGAGCACAUGCGCGUGCACGACAACAUCCGCGAGUACCUGUGCGCCGAGUGUGGGAAAGGCAUGAAGACGAAACACGCGCUGCGCCACCACAUGAAGCUGCACAAGGGCAUCAAGGAGUACGAGUGCAAGGAGUGCCACCGCAAGUUCGCGCAGAAGGUCAACAUGCUGAAGCACUACAAGCGGCACACGGGGAUCAAAGACUUCAUGUGUGAGCUGUGUGGGAAGACCUUCAGCGAGAGGAACACCAUGGAGACCCACAAGCUCAUCCACACAGUGGGCAAGCAGUGGACGUGCUCCGUGUGUGACAAGAAGUACGUCACCGAGUACAUGCUGCAGAAGCACGUGCAGCUCACCCAUGACAAGGUGGAGGCACAGAGCUGUCAGCUGUGCGGGACCAAGGUGUCCACCCGGGCCUCCAUGAGCAGGCACAUGCGGCGCAAGCACCCUGAGGUCCUCGCAGUGAGGAUCGACGACCUGGACCACCUGCCUGAGACCACCACCAUUGACGCCUCCUCCAUCGGCAUCGUCCAGCCUGAGCUGAACCUGGAGCAGGAAGAGCUGGCCGAGGGGAAGCCUGGGAAGACUGCCAAGCGCAGCCACCGGAGGAAGCAGAAGCCCGAGGACGGGGCACCGGCACCGGCACCCGAGGACACCGCCUUCAGCGAGUACUCGGAGAAGGAGGCCGAGUUCACGGGCAGCGUGGGCGACGAGACCAGCUCCGCGGUGCAGAGCAUUCAGCAGGUGGUGGUGACCCUGGGAGACCCCAAUGUGACUGCCCCAUCAAGUUCCGUUGGCCUGACCAACAUCACCGUGACCCCCAUCACCACUGCAGCUGGGACUCAGUUUACCAAUCUGCAGCCAGUGGCCGUGGGGCACCUCACCACCCCGGAACGCCAGUUGCAGCUGGACAACUCCAUCCUGACCGUGACCUUUGACACCGUCAGUGGCUCCGCCAUGCUGCACAACCGCCAGCACGAUGUCCAGGUCCACCCGCCGCCAGAGGCCUCCAGCCCCCAGUCUGUGGCCCACUUCAUCAAUCUGACCACCCUGGUCAACUCCAUCACCCCCCUGGGGGGCCAGCUCAGUGAGCAGCACCCACUCACAUGGCGGGCGGUGCCCCAGACAGACGUGCUGCAGCCGCCACAGCCGCCGGCGCCCCCACAGCAGGCGGCACAGCCCCAGGUCCAGGCCGAGCAGCAGCAGAUGUACAGCUACUGAGCUGCCACCGCGACCGGACAGACCAGGGACUGGGGGUGUCUUGAGGUGUGUGUGCUGGAUACCAAACAGAGCAAAGGUGCAUACGGUGCGUGGUGCCUGAGGUGGACGUAGCUUUACAGACCGUCUCCAGGUACCCCAGCAGCCGUGGGAGUGUCGGCUUAGCUCCAGAAACGACCCGGCAGGCAGGGUUUGAAACUCGGUCCGUGCCAGAUAUGCCUUACCAAGGUCGUGCAGCCGGCCUCGGCACGCUGAGGGCAGGGCUGGAGAAGGGGCGUAGAGGUAGAAGCAGGUCCCCAGAGCGAUGGUCAUGAGGAGCGCGAUCCGUUCCUUUUCUGUUUUCUUUGGAGCUCAUUACUGUACUGAACACACAGUAGUCCCGGGGCAGCACACAGCAGAGAACACGGUUUUCUCCUCACUCCUGGAUUUUUUUUGGCAAGUGAACAGAUAGAGGUUGAAGUAACUUCUCUUCAGAAUAUGGCUUGAGUCCAGUUUGCCGCACGGCUGUGGACUGAGGCCACAUGUGAGAUGUGCCACAGUGACAUGGGACUCUGCCUUUGAGUCCCUCACAGGCAAGGGGUCACGUGAGGCCACCCACCCAGGCACAAAAGACAUAUUGGGAAUGUCCAUCAAUCCAUUUUCAUACGGUUUUUCAUUUUCUUUUUUAUUUCAAACGUGUAUUCAAGACCUUGUUGUGGCCAACAUUGUUUUUCUAACUUUAAAAUGAUGAAGUCGAUUGCACUGUAGGACUGUCCACGUCCGAUUCUGCACUGCUGCCCGUGCAGAGGCGCUCUCCCACAGUGGAGAGGUCCCUUCCAGAGGCUCCUUUGGAGUCGUCUCAGGAUUCUCUGCCAUCCAAAAGUAUUUACUGUGGCUGAAUCUCAGUCAGAGCCCUGAACAGAAGGACAGGGAAGAAAUCCAUGUCUUCUUUCUGUGUGAACCUCAAUUCCAAAGGUGGGUGUGUCCGAAGACCCAUUCCCUAUAAAAAACGUUGAGCGAUCAGGCUCUGGACAGGGAAGCGUGUGUGUUCCAGAAACACCGAGGACUCGGCUGCCUGCAGCUGGGAGUGGAGGCAGGCGAGGUUAGUCUAGCAGCAGAUGCGUGGAAUGCUCUUACAGCCAGCUCUGUAGGACACCCGUCACGCCCGCGUGCCACCCGGGGGUGAAGGGACUGGCUGGCCGACCCGCUGUGUGCAGCCAGCCGUGGUGGACGUGCAGGCGUGGGAGAGGAGCUGUCUUCAGCACUGCCUGUGAGGGCCAGCUGGCCUACUGUGACCAGGGAGGGGAUCCCGCUAACAUGGGCAGGAGAGCCUGGCUCUGGGCGCAGGUAUGUGGGGCAGCAUGGGGCUUUCCUGGGCUUCAGUUCAUUCCCAGCAGCAAGCUUCUAGGGUGGCUCCAGAGCUGGUUUUGUGCAAUACGUGCCCUCUGAGCCCGGAGCUGGUGGGCAUGCCGAGCCCUGGCCCCCUGCCGGGCCCACGCGUGCCGUCUUGCCUCAGCAGACUCCACAGUGGGAGAGAGUUUGAAUUCUUAAUUUAUGGUAGUUAUUUUUUGUUAUUUAUAUAUAUAAGGAACUGCUUCACGUGAGGUGGUUUCCCUCUUGGGCGAGGGUGGCUUGUUCUCCAUUCUCCAGCCGCCCCUGGACUCGCCGGGAGAGCCAGGGUUCCUGAGCUUUCUCCCUAAACGUUAGUGCCAGUCUCUGCGUUUGCAGAGUCUCCAGGGCAGAACAGCCUGGCGAAAAGCCUGUGCAGGCGAGGCUGGUGACUGACCUGCACGGGCCUCUGUCCCUCAUCCUGCUUCCUGGGAAAGAGAGGCCUUCUCAAUUGUUCUGAUUUUUUUUUUUUUUUUUACGGAGUUGUGUCAGGUGUUUCUGAAGAACCUGAUUCAGGUCAUGUGGCGCGGGCGCUGCCACUGUUGCUGAAACACAGAGGCAGCUUCUCCCCGGGUGGCAGGUGGACACUCACACAGCCGGACUGUCUCCCGGGCUUCUGUGGACACAUGAUCUUGAUAGGGUCACGUCUGAGCAAGCGUGUUGUCCUAAGGCAAUUGCUGUGAAUCUCACAAGAAACUGGAUAGUGAACAAAAGGUCCUUCCCAAAGAGUCCUCAAGGGCCGCUGCUCUGCCCCACACCCUUGUUAUCCAGAGCGCUGGACUCUUUACGAGACCAGGGUGCACAGGGGUGUCUCUAAAGGAAGAGGCCAUGUGGCCAGCGAGCCCUGCUGCCCAUCUCAGUGGUGACAACUUAAAUCAUGAGGACGUGUUUGACCGGUGAGCUGGUGGAGCUGGUCUGCCUCUUGCAGGCAGAGCACAGGGUCCGCGGCCUGCCAUGCGUCCUGUGCCCUGCAGGAGGGGCCCGGCCUCUGGCGCAGCUGUAGCGUGUGACGUGUUCUCUCAGGAAAGUGCUGUGCGCGUGCCCCACCCUGUGUCCAGCUCAGAACCGCUGGGCGGGUUGGCGGGGCAGAUUCCAGUGCCUUGCCUGGUUCCACUGUCAGAGCCCACAGGCGGAGGCUCGUGGCUCCCGGCUGAAGGCAGCAUGCGUGACCUUGUCAUUGGGCUUCAAAGGGCAUUGACUGUCCUAGAUGCUGAGUGUCUUUCAUGUCACAUCAUUUGUAUAAUGGUAAAUAAAGGUGCUGUGACCUGUGUUCUCCAU